CAGUCCAGAUAAUGGUUUAUCAGACUUCAAACUCAUAUCUAUAUUCCAUGACUAGAAGGUAAAAUUAUCAUUGUUUGUGCGGUGUUGCAAAGAGGUAUCAUCAUCCAUUUGCUUUUUUCAGUGGGCAUUACAUUUCGACUACUGAUUGUGAGGCUGAACAGCAAUGUUGGGAAAUGUUAAAAAUGUCUUGUGCCGGGUGCAGCAUGGGACUCGAAAAGGAGGCCUAGACUCCAUCAGGUUGACGGAGGCAAAAACAAUGUUCUUUGCUAUGGAUCAUAGUCGUGCCAUUUCGCAGAAGCCGGAACCGACCGCUGUUAGGUACAAAGUAACACGUGGUCCAUACGCGACGGUAACCGACAGCCAUCUACAGUUCCUUGAGAAUCUUCUUGGCAAAGAGAGACUCCUCACCGAUCCCGACGAAUGCGAGAGUUACAACGUCGAUUGGGCUAGAAUGGUCAGAGGAUGCAGUCGAGUUGUCGUAAAACCAAAGACUACGGAGGAAGUUUCAGCAAUAUUGCAGUACUGCAAUGAGAACCGACUGGCGGUAUGCCCUCAGGGUGGAAACACAGGACUCGUUGGCGGCAGUGUUCCUGUCUUUGAUGAAAUUGUACUUUCCACCAGUCUUAUGAACAAAAUCAUAGAUCUUGAUGAAACAUCAAGUACCGUAGUUUGUGAAGCCGGCUGUAUUCUGGAAACAUUGGAUACUCAUUUGGUAGAGACUGCUAAUAUGAUGAUGCCACUCGAUCUGGGAGCUAAAGGUAGUUGCCAGAUUGGCGGCUGCAUUUCUACCAACGCAGGUGGUAUUCGACUUCUGCGUUAUGGAAAUCUACACGGGAAUGUAUUGGGACUUGAAGCAGUAAAGGCGAAUGGGGAAAUAGUGGAUUGUCUGAACACUUUGAAGAAAGACAACACUGGAUACCAUCUGAAACACUUGUUUAUCGGGUCUGAAGGAACAUUGGGAAUCGUGACCAAAGUAGCCAUACAAUGUCCGCCCGUUCCAAAGUCGCUGAGUGUGGCUUUGCUUGGCUUGACCAGCUUUGAUGAUGUAUUAAAGACAUAUCGUUUGGCAAAAACAGAAUUAGCUGAGAUUUUAUCUUCCUGUGAAAUGAUGGACCGUUCCGCUAUGGCGGUUUGCACGGAUAAUCUAGGAAUGAAAAAUCCUUUAGCUGUGGAUAACGACGGCUAUGAAUUUUAUCUGCUAAUUGAAAUAUCAGGAAGCCAUGCCGGCCACGAUGCAGAAAAACUUAACACAUUCCUAGAAAAAGCCAUGGAACAAGAAUUAGUACAAAAUGGUACGGUUGCGACUGAACCAACGAAAAUCAAAAAUAUUUGGAGCUUGAGAGACAGCAUUAGUAAUGGUAUUCUUCUGGAUGGUUAUCCCUAUAAAUAUGAUGUUUCAUUACGACUGUCAGACUAUUACCAAACAGUUGAAGCUCUUCGGAAACAUUUGACAGACCCUCGUAUCAAACGAGUUUCUGGAUAUGGCCAUAUUGGGGAUGGAAAUUUGCAUGUGCAAGUGACGACAUCCGAAUACAUUGAGGAAGUAGCACAGCAGAUCGAGCCAUUCAUUUUCGAAUAUGUUUCGAAUUUAAAGGGAAGCGUGAGUGCAGAGCAUGGAAUUGGAUUUAAAAAAACAAAGUUUUUACACCUCAGCAAAAACCCAUCAGCCAUAAAGUUAAUGUAUGAACUCAAACAGUUGAUGGAUCCUAAUGGAAUUCUGAAUCCAUACAAGGUCUUACCUACUUUAUAAUUUUCCGAACAUGCGAGUUUUACCCGGCCGGGAAAUUUCCUCCAUGCCUAUUGUAUAUAUUUCAACAUAAUCCCAAAAUUAAAAGCUUGAUAAUACUAUAAUUUUGUUGUGAUGUGUACAUAUGAUUUUGUGUUGCAUUGUGAAAUAUUAAAACGAUUGAAUUCAGCAAUUA